GGAGCAUCUUGUUGUAAGAGUGGCGAUCAGAGUACUCCAGCUAGCACCGAACCAAAAACCUGCGCCAAAUGCAAGGAACAAAUUAAAGGAGGAGUACUAACAGCCUUAGGAGAAUCGUGGCAUCCGGACCACUUUUGCUGCAACGAAUGCAAAAAUCCGAUUACCGAAACCAAAUUCCACACUAACGAGAACAAGCCCUACUGCACGCCCUGCCACGUAAAGCUUUUCGCUCCGACGUGUCACGCCUGCGACAAACCCAUUCUGGACAAAUGCGUCCAGGCGAUGGGCGCCAACUGGCACGAAGACCACUUCGUCUGCGAGGACUGCAAGACGAAAUUGAUCGGACAGCAAUUCAUGGAUGUGGCCGGCAUACCGCGCUGUCAAAAGUGCUACUUGGCCAAGCACGCCGACAAGUGCAAGGGUUGCGGUAAGGCCAUACCGGACAAGGCCAUCGUCGCUUUGGACGCCAAAUGGCACCAAAUGUGCUUCAGAUGUUCCAAAUGCUCCAAACCGAUCAUGAAAGACCAAUCAUUCCAAGUAGAAAGCGGCAAGCCCCACUGUGUCAAAUGCUAA